AUGGGCAGCUGGGCCGCAUUCCUCUUGGCCUACCUUCUAGGUGGUGUCACCUUCAUCCCGCUGGCCCUGGCAAUAGCCUGGUUCACUCUGCCUCAGAUCGAGACCGCCGUCAGCGAAACACCACGUAGCGGCGACGAUAUCGUACAGCCGGGCGAUGACACCAAGGAUCUGGACCAAGCCCGGAAGGAAGAGAAGGGCGAGUCGAAACAGAAAUAUGCAAAAACCACCGACGUGGCGGCGGGAUACUUUGCAGUAUGCCGAGAGUACACCCCCAUGGGCAUCAACGCAAAGCCCAUCGAGCGCGCAACACCCGUCGGCUCCGCCACUGUCGCCGCCCCCAGCCGGAGCGUAUACCAAACCAUGUACCAGAGCAUCUUCGACAGAAAACAGACCGCCGGUCCCUUGGAGGGCAACGGUGGCGCCAAUGUCAGGCCUAAGCGGGCAGGCAAUGUGUUUUACGUUGUACUUAGGCACGGGCAUCUCAUGCUGUUCGACGACGACGAGCAACUCGAAGUACGACAUGUAGUUUCCCUCGCCCACCACGAUGUGAGCAUAUACUCGGGGGGAGACAACACCCCCGAGGGCGAACUCUUCAUCAAGAGAAAUGCGUUAUGUCUGUCGAGGAAGAUAGAUGGACCCGAGUCGCCGGACAUCCAGAUAUCCAAGCCCUUCUUCCUCUUCUGCGAGAACUGUUCCGCCAAAGAGGACUUCUACUUCGCCCUGCUGAGGAACCAGGAGCAUGUACUCGGAGCGGCGAACAAGGCACCCGAGCCCCUGCAAUUUGAGGUCAAGAACAUCAUUUCACUGGUGCAACGACUUCACUCGAGUGAAGAACAUAUGCAGACGAGGUGGCUCAACGCACUCAUCGGCCGCAUCUUUCUUGCUAUCUAUAAGACCAAAGAUAUCGAGAACCUCAUUCGCGAAAAGAUCACCAAGAAGAUAUCUCGUGUCAAGCGCCCCAGCAUCCUCUCCAAGAUCGCCAUACAAAAGAUUGACACGGGAGAUUCGGCCCCCUUUAUCACAAACCCGCGUCUGAAGGACCUCACGGUCGAAGGAGAAUGGGGCAUGGAAGCCGAUGUCAAGUACACCGGCAACUUCCGGCUCGAAGUGGCUGCCACCGUCAAAAUCGAUCUUGGAUCCCGCUUCAAGACUAGAGAGGUCAACCUUGUACUUGCCGUGGUUUUGAAGAAGCUAGAGGGGCAUUUGCUUUUCAAGGUCAAACCCCCGCCGAGUAACCGUCUUUGGUUUUCUUUUCAGACGAUGCCCAAAAUGGAAAUGACGAUAGAGCCUAUUGUGAGCUCGAGGCAGAUCACCUACACUGUGAUAUUGCGCCAGAUUGAGAACCGAAUCAAGGAGGUGGUCGCCGAGACCCUGGUUCUGCCCAUGUGGGAUGACAUGCCGUUCUUCAAGACAGAGCACAAACAAUGGCGUGGCGGUAUCUUCGAGGGCGACGAUGCCGUUCAACACUCAGAGGACUAUGAGGAAAUUGCUGCCAUGCUUGGUGACGUCGAGGAAGUCUCGCACAUCGAAGAGACGGGCAUGCCAACGUCCCCAGAUCUGUCCGAGCUGCCCCUGGUGGAGAAGAGUCAUAGUGUCCCGUCUCUAGAAACGACACAGCCGGCCGGUUUCUGGGGCAGAAAAGGCAAUGCAAUGAAGGCUGCACUAGCCAGUUCCCCCGCUGCUUCGGCCUCGACAACAGCACUCGAUUCUAAGAACGGGUCGCCAGGUGCCGAGACACCACCACGACCAAUCCGCGCUGGCUCCUUUUCCACUUCCACCCCGACCAUUAGCACAGACUCCAUACAUGCUGACGCUUUCAAACCUUCCGCAACACCUCCUGACCGAGAUGAUGCAGCAAGUGUCAUGGCCAGCCUUGCCGCAACCUACGAAAAAGGGUCUCCGGCCCCAGCACCGGGAAGCACACCGACACGGCCUACGUCCGCCAAGCAGUCAUCAAGUGCAUCGUCUUCAAAUGAAGCACUAGAAACUGUGCCACGGACCGAGUCAACACCUACUGGUCCAGGACGUCGCAAUACUGCUUCAUCUGUUGAAAGUACCGGCAGUGAAACGAGUUUCGGCAACUCCUCCGCCCGAUCUGCGAGGGCGUCGAUAAAGAGUAGUACCGGCUCAGUGAAGACGGGCCUCUUCACACGUAGAGAUACUUCCAUGUCGACUAAUUCUACAAACACCACCCCGGAGCAGAAACGCAACACUCUGGCUGCUGUCUCAAAGGCUGCAGCUACGGCAAAGCAGUGGGGUUGGAAUGCUAUGCAACGUCGUGCCGAAAACGCAGCAAAUAAUCACAAGCUUUCCGAUCCUCCAGCUGUAGACCUGAAUCAGCCUAUGGGACGUGGCCAGCCACUACCUCCGCCAGGUAUGCCACUUCCAGGGCCAGCUAGAGGCUCUAAGGUUACCCCUAUCGCGGUACCGAAGCGGAAGCCUAUACCUCCUCCAAAUCUACCUGCCAAGAAUGGAGCAGCCAACAACCAUGAGGCGAAGAACGAACGCAGGCCGGUGCCUCCCCCUCCUUUGCCUAGGAGAAGACGAGUAUCGGAGGCUCACGGAGACGACAUGACCGAGGAACAUGUUCUGGUCGUAGAAGCACCAGCUGACUCGGAGCCCAACACACCUUUGCGUGAGACGCACGAACAAGAUAUCGCGCCAUCUUAUGUACAGCCUUGGGUGGAGGACAAUGAAGAGCUGGACAUGUCAGGUGGUCACUCGACGCCCCAUGAACCAGUCUCUGUAUCGACCAAGGUGUCUCAUGAGAAGUCAAAUUUACACUCCGCGUCAAACAAUCAGAGCAAUCAUCAAAGCAACCACUGCGGCGGAAUCAGAGAAGAAGAAGAAGACGAGGACGAGUACUCGAGCUGGUUAGAUAAUCCGGAAUUUGUGGCAGAGGGCCAGGAUGCUGCCAUCACGGCGGGCCAAACACAUUAA